UUUGUGUUUGUAUAUAAAUAUAGUUGAUUAAUUGAGCCAGUCUAUGCGUGAACCGUGUCAGCACAAAGAAUCAGCCACACCUUUUCUUCUAUUAGUAUUACUGUGGACCGUUUAAAUCCAUCAUUUAGACCCUUCUAACCGUAGAUAAAUCACGUUUAAAAAGUUUUUUUUUUUUUUUCGUUUCUGAUUGCUGAUUACUGUAUGCUGAGCAAGUUGAUAUGAAUGUCAUAAAUCAAUUAGUAUUCCCUUUUGAUUGAGGUGGCAGAAAACAUUGACUAAACCAGCCAUGUCAACUCUCUGCAAGGAUGAUCACCUACUUCCAUCAAUAUAUAGACACUGCCUGGGCCAUCAAUUGCAUUGCAAUCACCACUUAGCCUAGUUUGAGCAUACAAUUAGAUACAUAUUUUUCAUGUCGAUCUUUGGAGUCCAAGGCUUGCCUCUUGAGGUCACUGUUGUUGGUUGCUGCAAUCUGGAUGACAAGGAAUGGUUAUCAAGACAAGACCCUUAUGUCAGUCUUGAAUAUGGAGGCGCCAAGUAUAGAACCAAAACUUGCACAGAUGGAGGCAGAAACCCCACUUUUCAAGAAAAGUUCAUUUUCACACUCAUUGAAGGCCUGCGCGAACUAAACGUUACCGUGUGGAACAACCGCACCCUCUCUGCUGAUGAGCAAAUUGGCAGUGGAAGGAUUCAGCUCCAAAAAGUCCUGUCGCAAGGUUACGAUGAUGCCUCCUGGCCGCUACAGAGCAAAGCUGGCAGACAUUCAGGAGAAGUUCGACUUAUAUUGCACUAUUCCAAUGCCAAUAAUCAUAAAGCGAAAUUGGCUACAUCCGCGCCGCAAUAUGCAGCACCACCAACUGCUAUGACCCAAGUCCUGCCAUAUAAUCAGUUUCCAUCAGCACCUGCUGCCUCAACAGCCUAUUCUAACCCAUCUCCUUACAUGGGCUACCCUCCUAAUCCUGCAACAUAUCCGCUAUCUCCAUUUGUUGCCACUCCACCAGCUGGCUAUCCUCCACAGGCAUGUCCUCCAGCAGGGUACCCUCCACAAACAUAUCCACCUCCUACUCAAGCCCCCGCAUAUUAUCCUACAGGACCAUCAGGAGUAUACCCUCCACCGCCAUCCUCAUUCGGAAUAUACCCGCCACCUCCAUACUGAAUCAUAAAGUUUAUGCAAUGAUUUGUGCAUAGAUUAAGUCUCUUGAAGAAGUAUUGGUUCAUCUACAACUCGAGCAUUUAUUCUGCUGAGCUUUGGAAAGCCAAGCUUAAUUAGAAUUUUACUUGUUUUGUUACUGUAUUCAUGAUUCAUGUAUGUUUUGACUUCCAGCUGCUUAAUGGCAAUCAAUUUCCAUUUUCAAUUUAA